ACAUGUCUGAUCACGUGGUGAUGACAUCAUCAAAGGUCCUUCAGCUCACCGAGAAAAUAUAGAGGAAGAAGAGAAACAGGCCGGGCCCUGGGGCCGGAGGAGGAGGAGAGGGCCCUGGACUAGGAAAGAUGUCGGAGACGUACGAUUUUCUCUUCAAGUUCCUUGUCAUUGGCAGCGCAGGAACCGGGAAAUCCUGCCUCCUCCAUCAGUUCAUUGAGAGCAAAUUUAAGCAGGACUCGAACCACACGAUCGGAGUGGAGUUUGGAUCCCGGAUAGUGAAUGUGGCGGGUAAAUCGGUGAAGCUGCAGAUCUGGGACACAGCUGGACAGGAGAGGUUUAGGUCAGUUACUCGCAGUUACUACAGAGGAGCAGCGGGGGCGCUGUUAGUCUAUGACAUUGCAAGCCGGGAGACUUACAACUCCUUGACCAACUGGUUAACUGAUGCGAGGACGCUGGCCAGUCCCAACAUUAUCAUUAUAUUAUGCGGGAACAAGAAGGAUUUGGAUGCGGAUCGAGAGGUGACAUUUUUAGAGGCAUCCCGCUUUGCCCAGGAAAACGAUUUGAUGUUCCUAGAAACAAGUGCACUCACUGGAGAGAAUGUGGAGGAAGCUUUCCUAAAGUGUGCCCGGAUAAUAUUAAAUAAAAUAGAUUCAGGAGAGCUGGAUCCUGAGAGGAUGGGAUCAGGGAUCCAAUAUGGCGAAGCCUCACCGCGGCACGCAAAGCACACGCAUGGGACACAGCUACAGAACAGGCAGCAGUGCAACUGUUAGUGAGAAAGCCAUCUGCCUGUGAAUAUCUUACUGAGAAGAAGCACUUUUCAUCACGCCCCAGACUAGACUGCACGCGCCCCUGACUUUGCACUUACCGUGUGUCUCUUCCAUGUCCUCCGUGUUUAGAAGCCCCCUAUGACGGCCAGUUUCCUGAUAUGGCUCCCUAAACGCAGCCCAACUAUUGGCAAGCACCACUUCUGGCCACCACCUUACCCUAAGCCAGAGGAUCAGCCUAAAAUACGACAAAAGGGAGUGGUGUAAAUGUACAGGUAUAGAAAGACCAGCCUGGGUCGCCGGACCCCAUUCUCAUGCCGUCCGUAGUAGGCUGCUGCCCACCCCUUGCUACGAUAUCCCUGUGCCAUCCAAUAGCCUCAUCCCACAAUGCUUCGCCACUGAGGAAAGGCGAUUACUCUUCUGCCAUAUUUUUUGUUCUGAACACAAAAGCCAAGUCCUGCUAUACAUACCACUGGCUGGAAAACGGUUGACUUACAUGUACAUGACCGCAAUGUUGAUGUUUUACGCCUUCGUCUUUUCUCUAGUUUUCUGUAAAUUAUCAUUUGAGCUGUUUUAUAUUUUUCUUUUAAUGAAGAAAUGUUUAUCGCAUCUCCAGAAUCCCUCCUGUUUUUUUGUUUUUGUUUUAUAUUCACUCAAAUAUUCAAUCGAAGUGAAUGACCCCCAAUAUACAUGAUAGAAAGUCUCUAGUAAUGCCUGGGGUGGAAGGCAGACAACAUGAUCCUGGUAUAAAGAUAUCUCUGUGUCAUAAAUACAAUAUGUAUUAAAUAAAAACCUAUGUCAUAUUUA